AUGGCGCCAAAUAUCAGUCCCUGGCGCCAAAUAUCAGUCCCUGGUGCCAAAUAUCAGUCGUGGCGUCAAAUAUCAGUCUUGGCGUCAAAUAUCAGUCUUGGCGUCAAAUAUCAGUCGUGGCGUCAAAUAUCAGUCAUGGCGUCAAAUAUCAGUCGUGGCGCCAAAUAUCAGUCGUGGCGUCAAAUAUCAGUUCUGGCGCCAAAUAUCAGUUCUGGCGCCAAAUAUCAGUUCUGGCGCCAAAUAUCAGUUCUGGCGCCAAAUAUCAGUUCUGGCGCCAAAUAUCAAUCGUGGUGCCAAAUAUCAGUCCCUGGCGCCAAAUAUCAGUCGUGGCGCCAAAUAUCAGUCGUGGUGCCAAAUAUCAGUCCUGGCGCCAAAUAUCAGUCCUGGCGCCAAAUAUCAGUCCUGGCGCCAAAUAUCAGUCGUGGCGUCAAAUAUCAGUCAUGGCGUCAAAUAUCAGUCGUGGCGCCAAAUAUCAGUCGUGGCGUCAAAUAUCAAUUCUGGCGCCAAAUAUCAGUUCUGGCCCCAAAUAUCAGUUCUGGCGCCAAAUAUCAGUUCUGGCGCCAAAUAUCAGUCGUGGUGCCAAAUAUCAGUCGUGGUGCCAAAUAUCAUUCCUGGCGCCAAAUAUCAGUCGUGGCGCCAAAUAUCAGUCGUGGCGCCAAAUAUCAGUCGUGGCGCCAAAUAUCAGUCGUGGCGCCAAAUAUCAGUCCUGGCGCCAAAUAUCAGUCCCUGGCGCCAAAUACCAGUCAUGGCGCCAAAUAUCAGUCGUGGCGCCAAAUAUCAGUCCUGGUGCCAAAUAUCAGCCGUGGCGCCAAAUAUCAGUCCUGGCGCCAAAUAUCAGUCGUGGCACCAAAUAUCAGUCCUGGCGCCAAAUAUCAGUCCUGGCGCCAAAUAUCAGUCGUGGUGUCAAAUAUCAGUCGUGGUGUCAAAUAUCAGUCGUGGUGUCAAAUAUCAGUUGUGGUGCCAAAUAUCAGUCCCUGGCGUCAAAUAUCAGUCGUGGUGUCAAAUAUCAGUUGUGGUGCCAAAUAUCAGUCAUAG